AUGGAGUCAAAGUCUCCGCCCAAACCCAAGCGGACACUGACCGACGAGCAGCUCUCCAAUAAGCGCCGCAUCGACAAGCUUAAGCACCGCGAAAACCGUGCCGAGAACAAGACACGCCUGGAGAACAUUGAGCGUGGCAUUUCCUUACUUCGUCACACCAUCGACGACUUGGUGGUGCACUUUCGCCAGCUCACCACCUCUGACGCGGCACGCCACCAAAACCAUCACCACCACCACCACCAACCGCCGAGUGCGUCCCACGAUAGCACGCAGCAUCCCCUCCACGGGCUCGCUGGCCAGCUCCUGCGUACGCCGUCGGCGCCCAAGUCCGAGCUGUGGAGCUCCUCCUCGGACCCAACGACACCGCUCAACUCCGCCGCGGUGCCUGCUACCACCGCCCUCCAAGUCACCGUCGCCGCGAGCACAGCCGGCGACCAGGCGCCGCCCUUCUACGACCACCUCACGGAGCGGCUGUACGCGCAGCAGGUCAUCCCUCAGCAGCCGCUCGAGGCCCAGAUCGACAUAGAGGCGCUGCUGGCCGAGAUCCGCGGCGAGAGCCUUGUGGUGGAGUGCCGGUGCGGCAAGCAGCACAGCGUCGACGCGCAGUGCACGGAGCGCAUCGCCGUCACCAUGGCUGUCGAGCUCGGCAGCAUGGCCAGCGGGCGCGGCAUGACCGCGCCGCGGACCCCAGCCCUGACCGACGUGCUGCUGCACCACACGGACGCGUCACCCCCGCUCGCCGUCAUCCUGUCGUCAAUACUGCGGCAAUACGACUUUACCCACGUGAACGCGCUGUGCGGCUGGCGCUUCUAUCCGUCAUCCGAGUCUAGGGCGGACCUCCCUGCCAUCAUGCGUCCGACGCAGGCGCAGAUCACGAUACCGCACCCCAAGUGUCUCGACUUUAUCCCCUUCCCCGCGCUCCGCAACUACCUGUGCCUCAACCAGCACAAGGACGCCCAGCACUCGGUGGACCUGUGCCUGCGGUCGAUGUGGCUGGUGCUGCCGCCGGGUAAGACCCUGAUGACCAAGACAGAGCGCGACGGCGUUGAGCUGGACCCUGAGUUUGAGAUUUUCGCGUCGGAUCUGCGCAACUGGAGCAUGGGCUCGCCGUGGCGGGACAAGUUUCCACAGUUGCGACAGUUUCUCUUUUGA